GUCGCCUCUCCCACCAGCCUCUCUGGGCCCUGUUCCUAAAAUUCGUCUUCUCAGCCAGCAGGCCUGCCAAGCUCCUUCUAAGACUUUCCUGUCUUCUCACCAGCUGUAGCUCCUGGCCAGGCCGGCUUCUCCCCACUGUUGCCCCUCCCAGACCAGGGCCCCCACUCCCUCCACUGCCCCCUGAUCUCAUCCCACCCAUGGAGGCCCCGGGCCUGGUGGUGCACGGGGAGCCUGCACCCUUUUCCACUGCACUCGGAAGCCUCGUCAACAACCCUCGGUUCAGUGAUGUCCGCUUUGUGGUUGGUCAAGAACAGAGGGAGGUAUUUGCCCACCGGUGCCUGUUGACCUGUAGAUGCAACUUCUUCCAGCGACUUCUGAGCACAGAACCAGGCCCCGGGGCACCUGGCCCCGUGGUGCUGAGCACCGUGCCGGCCGAAGCCUUCCUGGCUGUGCUGCAUUUCCUGUACACCAACAGUGUCAAGCUGUACCACCAUUCUGUGCUGGAAGUGCUGACGGCGGCAGUGGAGUAUGGGUUGGAGGAACUCCGAGAGCUGUGCCUGGAGUUUGUGGUGAAGGUGUUGGAUGUGGAGCUGGUUUGUGAAGCCCUGCAGGUGGCGGUCACCUUGGGCCUGAGACCACUGCAGGAACGCUGCGUGACCUUCAUAGAGGCCCACAGCCAGGAGGUGCUCCGCACUCGUGGCUUCCUGGAGCUGUCCGCGGCCGCCCUGCUGCCCCUGUUGCGCAGCGACAAGCUCGGCGUAGACGAGGCUGAGCUCAUCAGGGCAGCGCGGAGCUGGGCGCGCGUGGGCGCCGCGGUGUUGGAGCGGCCGGUGGCCGAGUUGGCGGCCCCAGUGGUGCGGGAGCUGAGACUGGCCUUGCUGGCCCCGGCGGAGUUGAGGGCCCUGGAAGAGCAGAACCGGCGAGAGCCGCUCAUCCCGGUGGAACAGAUCGUGGAGGCGUGGAGGUGUCACGCCCUGCGGCGAGGGGAUGUGGCGCGGGGCGCCCUGUGCCGUCGUCGGAGGGGCACCCUGCCCCGAGAGCAUCAUCGCUUUCUGGACCUGCCCUUCCAGUGAAGCCGCUCGACCGGUCUGAAACUACAGCUCCCGGCAUGCUCAGCGC